AUGAUGAAAGCGCGGUUCCUGGGAUUCAGUCUUGACUCUGGUGAUGAUUUUACAUAUGUGAUAGUCACUGAUCCUGAUUCUGACAAAGAACCACGUCGGAUCUUUACCCGCUCCGUCAUCCGCCCGCGGCAUGUUCGCGAGGCCGCACCUGUUGUGGUCCGAAAGGGGAAGACAAAGUUCGAAAUUUACAAGAAGGAUGAACGCACCAUCUUGGAGGGAAUAGCUGAUCCUGAUUUUCCGCCUCGACUUUCUGAAAGGGCGCCGAAUCCACUAUUGACCAUCCAAGAGGAGCCCGAACCCUUGGACACUGUAGAGGAGUAUGAAAGAGCUAUCGAAGAAGUAUAUGGAACACCUCCUUCGAAACGACUUCGUACCGACCCUACGUCCGAUGAUGCUUUGUUACGAACUGAUCUAGAGGAGCUCCAGCCUCUCUCUGUUAAGACCGUGACAAACUCUGCUUCCAAACUACCGAGAGAACAAGCAGAACCUGCGAUUCAGCCACCAAGGGAUCAAGAGAUUGCAGCAGCUGUGCCUGCUGCCACUGUCGAAGCAACAACUGAUGGACCGAGCAAACCGGCUCAGUGUCCAGCGCCGGUAACACAAGAGGAACACACCCAAGUGACAGAUCAAGGUGAACAUGCCUCAGAAUCAGAUGAUGAUGCUUCGGUUAAGUCAGCUGGUGAUGACUUGGUUCAUUCUGCCGAUGGAGACAUCGAUGAUCACCAUGUGACACCGGAGUCGCUUGACGUUCAUCUCCAAAACAUAGCUGGUAUUUCGGAUGAUGAAGACCACUUUGAUUUGGUUAAUGGGCAUGAAUUUUAUAAGGGAGUUGUUGGACGUAUUGACAUAUUGAGCAAUCAUAUUGGUCGAUUAUUGAUCAAUGGUCUAUGUGACGUGACGCGGCAGUGA